CUUUCAAUUCCCUUGUUCGCAGCAUGCUUUGCUCUAGUGGCGGUAAAAAAAAUUGAGCGAUUUUCUGUAUGUUAAUUGUUAAUGAAGAUUAGAUUUGAAUUUUUUAAAUUUAUUUGUGACUGCUUUUUGUGGGUGCACGUUAUAAACAAUUAUAUAAACAGAUUAUUUGAUAUCAUGUUUAAACCAUAGAUGUGAAUUUCCUGAAUAUGUGAAGAUGCAUUAUGUAUUAUUAAAUAUUUACAGCAAGGCUGAAUGAUUGCUUUAAAGACAGUCAUGGGAAGCACGACUUCUGAAAAUGAAGUCAAUGAACAUUUACCAUGUGACAAGCCUAAAGUUUAUCCCUGUAAUGAUUGUGGUAAAGGGUAUGAAUUUACCAAACUAGCUUUACUAGCUCAUAAGCGAAAAUGUUCCCAUCGAGAGUCAUGCAUUUGUUUUGUAUGUAGUUACAAUCGUCCUGUUCAUAAAAGAAUGCCUGAAUUCCUUCCCAUUAUUUUUCAAAAUUUAAAUUUUAUUUCCAAUAUCUCCAAUAAAAGGGCAAAAUUAUUUGAGAAUCGUGUAACUAUUCAGACUGGAAACUCUGCAAUUGAUUCAGAAAUAAAGCAUGUGAAACAAUCUUCUGCUGAUGUAUCUGUUGCUUUAAAAGGUUCUGAAACGAAAGGCCCUGAAGGAAAAUCUGAAAGUUCAGAUUCUUGGGAAAAUAGCCAGUCGGAUGAUUCUCAACUGAACCAGAACAAAAAACUUUUAUAUGUCAAGCCUGUUUCUGUGGUAGGUUCAAAAAAUAAACUGUCCAAAGGAAAGCUAUCUGAAAUCUCAGAUUCCUUCGAAAACAACCAUGAUGGUGAACCUUGUAAUCGAAAAAUUUAUUGCAUUAUUUGUGAUAAACACAUCUUUUGGGAGUCCUUUGGAACUCACGUCUUGCAGCAUAGUAUAAAAAUAGAAAAUUCUCACCUUAUUUGUCCUCAGUGCAACCAAACUUUCAGAUCACCUAAUUUGUACCUGAUGCAUUUUCCUAGUCAUUUAGAUGAUCAUGAUUGCCUAGAUUGCCAUUGUGAUCAUCCAAAGUGUUUUAAGCGGUCUGCUGUACCCUCAGCAGAACAUAGUUAUGCAGGAGAGGGCAUCUGUUAUAUAUGUCUUAAGAAUUUUAAUGGAAGUCCUUCUGUAUUAUCUCACUUGAAACAACAUUGUAAAGAGUGUCCCUUCACUUGUGAUGAAUGCAGCCGAUCAUUUCGGCAGACUGGAAAUCUUCAGCGUCACUUGUUGGCCCAUCGCGGGGAAAAGCCACAUAAAUGCCCUCAGUGUGGUACUGGAUUUUCUGAUCCUGCAACGCUUCGGAAUCAUGUACGCACCCAUACUAAAGAAACUCCCUUUGUGUGCAAAGUCUGCAAGCGAGGUUUCUCACAAGUUGGAAAUUUGAAACGCCAUAUGGCAUUGCAUGUCGAAAAGGAGAAAGAUGCUUCUGUACUAAUUUUAAAUGGAGGACUUAAUGAAAAGAGCAUAGGUGUUGUGGAAGAAGAAAUUGGUCCUGAAGAUGAAAAAAGUUCUGGAUCUGAUUUAUUUUCCGAUCAUGAAGUUCGGAAAGCUGGUGAUGUAUUAAUUUAUGCUGAAUCUCAAGGUAGAACUAAAAAGCGAGGUAGAAAUGGGCAGUUCAAGUUACAUGUAUGUAAAUUAUGUGGUAAAAAAUAUGCUUGGCGACAUGAUCUCAAUAUUCACUUCAGGACACAUACUGGAGAAAAGCCAUACAAAUGCGAAUUGUGUGACAAACAGUUUGCUCAGAGUGGUGCAGUUCGUAUGCAUAAAGUUCGUCAUCAUAAUAAAAAUAAAUUUAAUUCAAAAAAGUUAACUCGAUUAAAAGUCACACUUCCAAUGCAGUCACAGACAACAGUUGCAGUCACAUCACCAACAACAGUUGCAGUCACACCACCAAUGCAAUCACCAACAACAGUUGCAGUCACACCACCAAUUUCAACCUAGAGUUUAAAGAAUUUUAUUUUAUAAAACUUGAUUCUUUUAUGUACUGAUGUUGUUAAAAUGUUAAUUUAGAAUCAUGGUCUCGUAUUGAUAUUUGUUUUACGUUAUAUGUAACUUCAAAGUAUACAUCAACAUUUAUCCCAAAAAUUUUUCAGAGAUCUUUUUCAUAGUUUAAUUUGAUGAUGUUUACUUACAGGUUUUCAAUUUUGUAAUUUAUUA